ACCGGGACCAGGCACACCACGCACGCAGAGCCCUAGAGGCAUUCCCAAGUUCGAGCAAUCGAGCCCCAGAGGAACGACUCCUGCCGGACGCCGCCACACCAUCUGAAACUGACGGCGGCGGGCGGCCGCUGCUUCCUCUCCCUUCUCCGUUCAGAUCCGGCUACUGGCGUCCCUCCUCCGCCAUCUUCCCUACCCCCGACGUGGCGACGAGCUGUGAGCCGUGAGCUGUUCCAACAUUCCUGUCCUAGUUCAAGCUGAAAGGAGAACAUAAAAGAGGAGAGGCUAGGGUUUUGGCGUCCGAGACCAAACCAAGCUCUCUCCGGCGACGGUGAGGGCUCGAUAUCGGAGUCCAGUAGGCGGCUCCUGCUGCUUCGGCGGUCCCUAAUCCCUCUCUCGGCAGUGUACAGAUGGCGUCCGGCGGUCCGGCGCUCGAGCCGCUCGUCGACCAGGUCAUCUCCGUCAUCACCAACGAUGGCCGCAACAUCGUGGGUACGCUCAGGGGAUUCGAUCAGGCCACCAACAUUAUACUCGACGAGUCCCAUGAGAGGGUCUAUUCUAGAAAGGAGGGAGUCCAACAACUUGUUCUUGGUCUGUACAUUAUCAGGGGUGACAACAUAAGCGUUGUGGGCGAGGUUGAUGAAGAGCUGGAUUCAAGAUUGGAUAUGUCGAAGCUAAGGGCGCACCCACUGAAGCCUGUUAUUCACUGAGGUCCGAGUAUGUCUUUGGGUAAUAUGUGGACUGGAUGGAUGGGUCACUGUUGAAUGCAGGAUGUAGCAUCAUCAUGGUGAGGGGACUGAGUAAUAUGGACAUGUAUCUUGCGUAUUGUGCAAUGAAUGUGUUGGCUGUUGGGUCGCUUGCCUACGCAUUCUGUAAGAUUGCAGUUACCAUUAGGAACUGAACUCAACUCGACUGAAUUAAUAUCAUUUGGCUCUACUCGUAGAUACAG